AUGAGGCGGCGGGGGGAGCGGGUGCCUAGGGAGAAGGCAGCGGUGGCUGCAGAAGAGGAGAUGAAGAGCAUGGAGAGGAAGGUUGAGCAGGGGACAGAGGAGUACCACUGCACCGGCCUCCUGGAGCAGGACUUUCCCGAGCUCUGUGCCCGGGCUGGCAUCACCAGCGUCCCCAAAGUCACCCUCCGGCCAUCUCCGAGCUUCCCUACCGAUGAGGAAUCCACCGAGCUACCGCUGGCGGAGGUCCUUGCCCGCAUCCAGCGCAAGUACAGCCGCUUCCAGCCCUGCAUCCAGGUGGAGAGGGAGCACGAGGACCCCCGGAGUGUCCGUGCCGUCUUCCUGCGAGGCUGGAAGAUUGAGGAGGACAUGCUGGGGGUCCUGAGCCAGUGCCUGCCCGCCCUGGCUGGCCUGCAGGCAGUACACCUCUGGAAGGUUGGGCUGACAGAGCAGCUGCUCCCUGCGUUGGCGGCGCUGCUGGCACACUGUCCUCGUCUGCGGACGCUCAGCCUGGAGGGAAACCCCUUGCCCGAGCCCGCCUUCCACAUGCUGAUGGGGAGCGACAGCACGCUGGCCCACCUCUGGCUGCGCAACAACAGCAUCGGGGAUGCGGCCGCCCAGUUCAUUGGGCAAAGCCUUUCCACCCUGAGCUCCUCCAACCGCAGCCUGGUCUCGCUCGUCCUCAGCUUCAACCGCAUCUCGGACCUUGGAGCCGGCUACAUUGCCAAGGUCCUGGGGCCGUUCGUGCUCACGCAUGCCGAAGUGGUAGAGAGGAGGCGGCUGCUCUUGGCGGAGGCGCUGGGACGGUUCUGCACAACCCCAAAAGAGAUGGAGGAACAGAGCGAGCGUCCCUCCAGCCUACAUGGCAGCAUGGCCCCCAACAAGCUGCCCCCAGCCAAGCAUGGCAAAACCCCCGCCAAGAAGAAGGAGCCACUGCGGAGGGAGGAGGCCAGACAGUCCAAGAAGUGUGAGUGAGGGUCCGAUGGGCUGGGGGGGCGCAGGGGGGGCUGUGCCUGUCUCAGCUCCCUCCCUGCUCUCCUGGCAGCACUGGAGCUGAGAGCCACCCG